CCAUCAAGGAGAAAUACAGCGACUGGACGGAGUUCCUCGUUCAGGACCUGACGGGCGCCCGGACAGCGCCGGCCAACCUGCUGGAGGGGCCUCUCAGAGGGAAAAACACGGUGGAUCUGAUCGUGGAGGGCUCGGUCCUGGAGCUUCAGGACGCCUCCGGUCCGUUCCUCUACUGGCCCGUCCGAGUCGUCCAGAACGUCGGAGGGCGGCUGCGUGUGCGCUACGUCGGCCUCUCCGACGACCAGCAGGCUCACGACACCUGGCUGUUCUACCUGGACACCAGGCUCCGCCCCCUGGGCUGGGCUCUGGAGAACCGUCUCGCCUUAGAGCCGCCGACAG